GCUGGGAAGUGUUCCAACUCGCGAGUGCUGAAAAGUGAAAAACUGCACAAAAAAAAACUGCGUGUGGAAAACGCUGGGCAGUGCAGCGUUUUCAUUUCGAUUUUCAUGCAAUAUAUUUUUGAUUUCAAUUGCUAAAUAUGCCGAGUGUUUCGAUCGUGUGAGAGUGAAAGUGGGGAAAAGUGCAAAACGAAUUAGCGUAAAAUGUUAUAAACGGCGAACGGGUGAAGUAGACAAACGUUUGUUCUACUUAUCCACAUAACGCGCACACGCACACAAACACUCACAUACAGUGAGACACACACACACAACUAGAAAAACACUCGCAAACACACACACAUACACAUACGCGCGUCAACAGCUGCCGCUGCCUGCCUCGCCUGUCACUGUUGGUGGUGUGGUGGUCUGGUCCCCGCAGCACUCAAAAUGUCGGACAUUAACGACGAUUUGCUCAACUAUGAACUAGGUUUGGGCGAUGACAUCGACGAUCAGGCGCUUCUUGGCGCCGACGAGGAUGAGCUGCUGCUCUCCGAUGAAGAACUGGAAAAAGAUGUGACCAGCGAGGUGAAGCUGCAGAUGCGUGCCGAGGCCGAGGAAUGGGCACAGGAGCAGCUGCGCAAGCACAAGGAACAGCUGGCUGCCGCAGCAGCAGCAGCAAGAAUUGCAACGACACAGGAAACGCCAGUUGCCGAGGCAACAACAGCAGCUGCGAAUCGUGAAAAGGAUUCACCCAGCGCCACAGUGGUAGCUGCUGCUGAGACCACAACGGCGGCGAUUGCCAGCGAGUCGACGGCGUCGACACAAGUCACAGAAUUGGCAGCGGCCACUUCUACAACAAGCACAACGGCGGCAACGUCGGCAUCGAGCAGGGAACAAGCGUUGCUGCUGGAUGAGGAUGACGAAGAGGAGAUUGCGUCAGGUGGAAAGCAGCGACAGCGAUCAACAACAGCAGCAGCAACAGCAGCGAAUAGCAAACAAACAUCAGCUACGAAUAAUGGUGGCAGCGAUGAUAUUGCCAGCAGCGAGGUGGAAACCGAAACCGAGGUGGAUGCCAGCGAUACCGAUCUCGAGGGUGGCGGCGGACAUUCCUCGCUGCUGACCACGUCGCAGGAGAGUCUCCCCAAUGCCAGUUUCACAUCGGAGCCGCCGGAUCCGCGCGAGGACGAUGAGGAGCGUGAGGAACGCACCAAUUUCAAAACAGCCAGCGAACGAUCUGACAACCACAAACAGCAGCACUCGAUGCAGCCACAGUCACUUCCAAGGCGACAUCAUUCAGACAAACCUCGCAUGUCUGGACCGGGCAACGUGCGCUUCAACAACAACAACAAUCCGAACAGCGGCAGCAACAAUCUGAACAACAACAACAAUGGCAACAACAAGCGAGGCGGAAUGGGAGGAGCGAGGCAUCACUUGCUGCGCAGUCCAGGUCCGCCGCAUAUGUUCAAUCCGCAGCGGAUGAUGGGCGGAGUCGGAGGAGGAGGGGGCGGGAUGUCGAUGUCCCGCUUCAUGCCACCUGGUAAUGCUCCCUCCCACUUGGUGGGCGCUAUAUGCUUGCUGGCCACGCCCCCACAACAGCAGCAGCAACAACUGCAACAAGCACAAGCGACACUAACACUGAAAACUGCAUUCAUUCCAGGCCCAUAUGCACCACAACCUCUACCACAAUCGUCAAAUCCCUCACAACAACAACAACAGCAACAACAACAACAGCAGCAGCAACAACAACAACAGUCGCCAUACACAAGCAAUCAAACUGGUGGCGUGCCAUCAUCAGUGUCAGGUCCCAUCAGCUCCCCAUCCCCGCAUCUACACAAUCCGCACAUGUUGCACCCGCAUCACAACAAUCCACACAACAACAACAACAACGGGCCGCCAGGACAUCUCCUGCCGCAUCCGCAACAACAACAGCAGCAGCCACAUCCUCAACAACAUCCACAUGGGCAUCCGCAUGAUCAGGUGCGCGUUGGAUUGUUGCAGCCCCCGCUGCCGUUGCCCCUGCCCUUGGGCUAUGGCGCCGCAGCGGCUGCGUAUCGGAAUGGCGCCUUGCUGGGCCAGGGACCAGGUCCAGGGCAUGGUCAGCACCCGUCGCCAGUGACGCCGCAUUCGCCGGGCAUGCGUCCCCCGCCGCCGUAUCGCAAUGCCCCGCCCGGCUAUGGGCCACCGGUGGUGGGUCCUGGCCCUGGUCCCGGACCGGGGCAGGGUCCGGGACCGGGUGGUCCCGGGGGUGGUCCUGGCAUGCCACCGGGCUAUGAGCCGCAUCCGCAGUACAUGCGACCGCACAACGGUUGGCGACCGCAGCCGGGCGAGGUGCCCAACACACAGCGCAUGCCACGCCCACCGCUGCAGACGCUGCCUCAGCACAUGAUGCAAUCGGGUGGCGGCGUCGGAGGUUACAUGAAUGGCAUGAACAUGCGUGCCCCGCUGCCCCAGCACAUGCAGCAGCAGCAACAGGUGAAUCCUGGCGGUGCACAACAACAACAACAGCAGCAGCAAUCAGCGGGCGGAGCAGCGCAGGCAGCUGGACAACAGCAGGCGGCACAACAACAACAACAGCAACAGUCAGCGGGAGCACCUUCAACUGUUCCACGCGGCGUUGUGAGCAAGGUGCUCAUCAAUCCCAAUUUCAAGGGCGGCGUCGAGGCGGCCACCAACAAGUUCAUCAAGGAGACGCACUUUGUGCCCGCCAUCAACAGCGAGGCGGAGCUGCUGCGUCAGCAGGAGGAGUUCAUCAACAAGAAUCGCCAGUACUUUGAGAAGCGCACCCAGCGUCGUUCCCCCCUGCCGCCCAGCUCCUCCAAUUCGAAUGCACAAUCCUCCUCAUCCUCAUCGUCCACAGCUCAGUUGAGCGAGCGGCGACGCAGUCGCAGUCGAAGCCGCUCUCGGGGACGCAGCUAUUCGCCCGUGAAGCGUGGCGAGCGAGAACGCGAUCGGGACCGGGAGAGGGAACGGGAUCGGGAGCGUGAACGCGACCGGGAGCGGGAGAGGGAGCGGGAAAGGGAGCGAGAACGUGAUCGGUAUGGCGGCGCAGGUGGAGCAGGAGCCACAACACGUCCAGCUGCGAAUCGUGGCUAUCGACGUGCGGCCAGCAGAGAGCGUGAUGAGAAUCGCAGCGGUGGAGCAUCAGGAGGAGGGGCCGGAGCAGGAGGCGGAGGUGCCGCAGCACCAAAGCGACGUCGCAGCGGUUCACCGAGUGCAGCACGGAAUCCUUUCUCAGGCGAACCACGCAAUCGCGCCGCCGAGAGCAGCGGAAGCGGAAGUCGAGUCAUGCCCAGCGAUGAGGACGAGGAGACGCGCGCCUAUCGCCUGGAGAUCGAGAAACAGAAGCAGCUGCGCGAGAAGAUAAUGCGCGACAAGGAGCUGAAACGGCGUCGCGCCGCCGAGGAGAAACUGCACGAGGAGAAGCGCGCCGAACAGCACAGCCCAGAUCCAGAGAAUGCAGUUGGAGGUGGAGGUGGAGGAGGAGGAUCGGCGCCUGGCAGCGCACAAAAACAGCAGCAGCAGCAACGUCCAGGAAUGGGCAAUGAGCGCAAAGUGAUCUCGCUGAAGCGACGCGACGACGAUGCACGCGGCGGAGGCGGAAGCGGUGGCAGACAACAGCAGCAGCAUCAACAGCAACAACAACAACAACAGUUGCAAUCGGGAGCUGGAGUUGGACGCAAGCAGCUGACGGCGGCAAAGAUUGCGCCCGAGGCGAAGCGAAGCAUCACCGAACACUUAGCGCCAUCCAGCAAGCAUCAUCAGCAAAUGUCGGGAAGAGCCGCAGGCGGCACACCGCCCACAAGCAGCAGCAGCAGUGGAGGAGCAGGAGGAGGAGGAGGAGCGGGAAGUGGCGGUGGCGGUGGUGUAAAGGGGCGAGACAUGGGCCUGUUGCGUUUGGGCACGCCCAGCGACGAUGAAGUGGAGCUGGACUACGAUGACGAUGAUCUGCUGCUGGACGAGGAGGAUCGUUUGCUGGCCACGCCCUCACCACCGCCCCCACAACCGCAAACGCAAUCGCGGGCCGCCAAACGCUCAGCGACACCCGAGUUGCUUGUGGUGAAGCGCAAUCACAAAAUCGUGCGAGGCGCUGGCUCCGCAUCAACAGUUGCUUCAGGCGGUGGCGGAGGAGGAGGGGGAGGAGGAGCUGCAGCCGGUGUCACUUUUGCGCCUGGCCAGCGACGUGUUGUCCUCAAGUCCACCAGCAAUGGCAGUGGAAGCAGCUCUGGAGGUGGCAACGACUUUUCACAUGGCAGGCAACGGGAUCGUCGUCAGCGUGAGGAGCAGUUGAUGCAGCGCAAGAGCAGCAGCAGUGGAGGAGGCGGAGGCGGAGCAGGUGGCAUUUUUGAUCGUUUGGAGAAGCGUCAGGCGAGCUCUGCAGGUGGCAGCGGAGGAGGAGGAGGAGGCAACAAGCAGCGCAGCAAAGCACCGGCGCGAAUUGUGUUAAAGCACGAUUAAAACAAACAAAAAAAAGUCAAGUUGUAAUCCUUAAGAGAUAUAUAUAUAUACAUAUAUAUAUAUAUAAACCAUAAUCAAGUAUAAAACUAAUCCGAGUGUAUUAUAAACUUAUGUAGAUGCAGCCCAGCUUUGGAGGCUUUGCUCGCCCUCCCCCCCCCCCCAAAAAAAAACAACAGACACAUUUAUAUUUAGUAGUAAUAAUAUCAAUCUAUAAUCUAUAUAUAUAUAUUAUGUUUUGACUAGUGUUAGGCUUAAGCAGUAAACAGAUUCAGAAAGCGAAGAAGUAGAAGGAGAACAGCUUUAGGAUUAAGCAGGACAAAUCUGUUUGAUUACAAUUCAAUAAUCUUAAGAUCUAAAUACAAAAUAUAUAUACAUAUAUAUAUUAUAUAACCACAUUUAUGAUUAUUUUAAGCUUUACAGUUAAGUGUACAAAACUAAAAACACACAAUUUAGCAGUAAGUCGCAUCUCGCUAAACUACACCCACACACACAUAUAUAUAUAUAUAUAUAUAUAUUACUCGAUUCAUAUUAACUUUUUGAUAUACCCGCUAUCUAUAAGGUGAAAUAUUUUUGUAACUUGCCUGCGGCGAAUUUAUGUAACAGGCAAAUGCAGGCAACUCCGAUCCGUGUCCGUCUGUCUGGUAUAUUUUAGUAUUUUUACGGUAUAAGCAUAAUACCGCACUGAGUAGCGGGUAUCUCAAAGUCGAGUACACUCGAUUACAGCUUUUUUUUAGUUUUUUUUUUUUAUUUUUCCAAAAUAUCUCAAAGAAUCGCAACUACCACAAACUUGUAUUUGUAUUUGUAGUUAACUUUAACUAGAACUAUUCAAGUAUAUAUAUAUAUCUUUAUAUUAAUAUGAAGGCGCUUUAAGCGUCUCUCAACACACACACACACACAUGCUUGACUCUUUAGUUGCAUGCACAUGAAUUAAACGUAACCAUAAGAUUACUAUAUAAAAAUAAUAUCUACAUAACAAUUACCGUAUAUAUGUAUAUUGAGAUAUAUAAAUCUAGUCUUAAGAGUCGCGUAUUGAUUUCGAUUUUGACUAGACGCAACAGGCGAAUAUUAUUACCACAUAAAUUUUUGUUUAGUUUUUUUUUUCCCAAUUUUAUUUUAUUUCUUUUCGGAUAAAUUCAAUUACGCAAAAAAUGUCAAGUUGUGUUUUUUAAAAGUGUUACAAAAAAAAAACUUACAUUAUUGUGUCCGUCUAUAUGUUCAAAUCCUCCACAAUUUUUUGUGUUUUUUUGUUUGUGGCCUACCUAAACAAAAGAAAAUUAAAACAAAAAAAAAAACUAACUAACGUAAAGAAAAAAAGAAAAGAAAAAAAAUAUAUGUGUCUUCUGAUGGGAAACACAAAGAAGCAAUACCAUAAUGGCCUGUUAAACGAUAGCAAAUAAUCCCCAAAUAGAACAGCAAAUAAACGCAGUUUCUUUCCCAGAAUAUAUCCAAAAAACAAAAGAAAUAUCUAGAUUGUAGUAUUAACUGUACAUAUACUACAGACAUACAUACAUAUAAAAUAUAUAGUGAGACAUCUACUUAUAUAUAUAUAUAUGAAUAUAUUUAUAGAUAUAAUACUUAUCAAGCCAUAAACAAAAUUACACAUUACAAUAGUUCAUAUAGGACCAUUUUGACAACAACAACAAACAACAAAAGAAACUUAAAUUAAAACACAGAUUUAUUUAUACAAUAAUUGUAAUACGCAAACAAAACUUACAUUAAUCCAGAGUUAGCUUGUAACGAGAGAUUUAAGUAGAGGAAAAGCGAGAAAGAAAAAAGAAAACAGGAACUAUGAGAAGAAAUCCCAAAUUUGAUAAGAAGAGAAAUGUUUGUAUGCUUUUUUUUUAAGUUAAGCAACGUUGAUGUCGUUGAUGUUCAGAUACUUCUACACACGUAUAUAAAUCUUAAAUAUGAUAUACAAAUAUCAUAUAUAUAUAUAUAUAAAUAUCUAUUAAUUAUGGACUAAUAAAAACGAAAGUAUAUUGCAUAUAUAUAUAAUAUACCUAUUAACUACAACAAUCAUUGUACUGUAUAUAAAUCGACUUAACAACAAAACAAAAACAAAAUGCGAAACAAGAAACCUAAAAUAAUAGUAACGAGUAAACACACAAAGUAACGAGUGACGAGAACAAACGCGUUUGCUCGUUGCAACAACAACAACAAGAACAACAUCCAAAACGAGUCUGUGAUUAAUUUUUAUAUUUCGAAUUAUGAAUUAUGCAUUAUGUUCACCACGAUUAUGAUUAUGAUUACAAAAAACUUAGCAUCCAUUUGCCUCUUAGUUAUAAUUGUUUCCCCCCUCAACACACACAAACACACACUUACUUUUAUUAUUUGAUAAGUCAAACAACUGCAGUUAGUUACUAAGCACCUCAACACACACACACACACGCAUAUUUUCCCUAUCUAUAUACGAUAUGAUAUAUUAUGUGUUGUUCCAUAGUUGAAAACUUUCCAAGUGCACACAUAAAUGUGAUAUGACAAACAAACAAACAACAAAAAAAAAAGAACGAAAAGAAAAAAACGUUAAGAAGAAUUAAGCAAAGCAAAUCUAGUUGAUAUUAUGUGUAAGUAGAACUAAUAAUUUAUUAAUUUUGUCGACUUUAGUUUUUGUGUUGGCAACAUGCAACAUAACCUCACUUCGACUAUUGUAAAUCAGCCAACCCGUGUUUAUCUUAUUUUUUUAAUUGUAUUCAAUUCUCGAUUUCGUUUUCGAUUUGUUUUUGCUUCUUUCCCCUUGCCUAUAUGUGUAUAAGAGAACAACAAACUGAUAUUCGAUUCGAUAUUUAUAAUUUAAGCAUAUUAACUAUAUAUAUAUUCAUACUCAAUCUAGAUUUACUCUAUAUAUAUAUAUAUAUUGCAAGUCUACGAGCUAUGUAGAUGCUAGUCUAGCCUUAUAACGAUUUAUUUAAUUUUUGUUAUCUUUUGUAACUUGCAUUUCUUUUACAUUUGAUGUAUCAUCCUCUCCUCUCCUUUUUCCUUUCCCCUUAAUUCUUUUCCCCCCUCAUUUGACUAUCUUAAUUGUACGUAACUUUAACCUAGAAAACAAACAGAGAAAAUUAAGAUAGCAGCAGCUUUGCGUCUCUUUCGCACUGCUGGCUGUUGUCGUUGGCCUCUAUCGCUUAGCCACUCUCUUCUAUGUGACUAUCUAUCUAUCUCUUUCGCAAUCGCGCAGCUGCCAUUAAGUUAAUUUUAGUGUAUUUCUACUAUUACAACAACAACAACUAGAACAACAACAACAACAUUCCCCGUCUAAAUUUUCUUUCAGCACAAAAUUCUGUACAAAAUGCCAUGAUGAAAAAAUGAAUAACAAACGUACAAAAAGAAAAGACAAAAACUAAAAAAAAAAAAACGAAACCAAAAAAGAUAUUGCAAAUGAAAGAAAAGUUAAUUAGCUAAAGAAAAGAAGAAAAAAAAAAACAAAA